AAUGAAUAAGUAAGUAAAAGGAACCCCUCGAUCCAAUCCGUUCCAGGCCACCAUACCAAUCGCACCACCAGCCGACCGACGACCACGGCACCGACGGCGACCCCUCGGCGACGGCGGCGAUCCCCUCCGCCCCUCUGCUCCGCGCCGCACCGGAGACCCCAGCCGCGAUCCUCCCAGCCACGCCGCGCCCCCGCGUGGCCGCUCGGCUCGUUCGGCCAAAUCCAGCCCACCGCCCGCGGGGUCCCGAUUUGCGGCUAGCCGCCCCCCGUGGAUUGCGCGGCGCCCACCCUGGAGAGAGAGAGAGAGAGAGAGAGAGAGAGAGAGAGAGAGAGAGAGACGGGCGUUGACGGACGGGUGCGGCGCGCAGUGGUGGUGCCACCAUGUUGCAGUGCCUGGAGGGGGUGAGGCACCUCUGCGGCGUGCUCCUCAAGUGCUGCCACAUCGACCUCAAGCAUCCCAAGGGCCUGGAGGAUCCCGAGGUCCUCGCCAGGGAGACCGUGUUCAGCGUGAGUGAGGUCGAGGCGCUGUACGAGCUGUUCAAGAAGAUCAGCAGCGCCGUGAUAGACGACGGGCUGAUCAACAAGGAGGAGUUCCAGUUGGCGCUUUUCAAGACCAGUAAGAAGGAGAGCUUGUUUGCUGACCGUGUCUUUGAUUUGUUUGACACAAAACACAACGGAAUUCUAGGAUUUGAAGAAUUUGCCCGUGCCUUAUCAGUAUUUCAUCCAAGUGCCGCUCCUGAUGAGAAAAUUAACUUCUCUUUCCAACUUUAUGAUCUGAAGCAGCAAGGUUUCAUUGAAAGACAAGAGGUUAAGCAAAUGGUUGUUGCUACACUUGCUGAAUCAGGAAUGAAUCUUUCAGAUGAAGUCAUAGAGAGCAUCAUUGAUAAGACUUUCGAGGAGGCAGACACAAAACAUGAUGGGAAAAUUGACAAAGAAGAAUGGCACAAUCUAGUUCAAAGACAUCCCUCAUUACUGAAGAACAUGACACUCCAAUAUCUGAAGGACAUCACCACCACAUUUCCAAGCUUUGUGUUCCAUUCUCAGGUUGCCGAUACCUAAAGUCCUGAGAGCUUCUUCACUUCGAUGGAAUAUCAGAAGACAGUCUCACUGCUUUGCUAAGCCUUUCCAAUGGCCGACCGAUGGUUCGGAGGAAGCUGUCGUAGUGUUCCAAAGCAUACCGCAUACUGUAUUCGGUUAUUCCGCUGGUUUCUUUGUGUUCAUAACGUUUUUCUUUUUCUUUUUUAGCUUAGGGUGGGCUGCUAGUAGAUCAGAAUGUUCAAAGUUUCUUUGGUCUUUGUACAAAAAAAGCUGGUUUGACCCUUUAGUUAACUGUGUAUGUAUUCUGUGUGGGGAACUUUCCUACUGUAUAUUAUGGAUUGAACUGAACGGAGCAGAAAUGCCUUUGUUGAUAAA